AUGUCCGGAUGGCCUUUGUUUCUGACUCUCGACUUCUUCCGGUUCGACAAGGUGUUUCAGGACAUGGCUGAGAAGCGACUUCCAGGAGUGUUUGCAGGCUUGCAGACAAUGAGGUAUAGUAACACCUUAAGUGGUGCAAUCCAGGCUGAGCAAGGUGGGCGUAUAGCUCUUGACUCAGUUGUGAAGCUGGCAAACAGCAUCGCCAAGGGGAAGGGUGAAGGGGCUUUGGCGCAGCUCAUGCCGGCAUUUACAGCACUGGUGAACUAUCACAACAUUCGUAAGUUUGACCUGCCCCGCAGCGAUCCGCAUGAUGUGCCACGUCUGGGAGUUGAAGCCAAGCACCUUAUCGAGUUCGCGGACACGCAGCUCAGGAAUUGGAUGGCGCAUUUUGGUUAUACCUUCUCCCUGCUGAUCAAGCUGGAAAUUCCUUUGGUGAAUUUGCUGCAGGCAUUGUCAUGGCCAGGCGUCGUCAUGACGCGCCCGCAAGACUAUUUUAGGAACACAAUACAUUUCCCAGGUCUCCAGCUGACCAAGAUCUUGCCACCUCAGCAGUCCUGGAGCCUUCCGUUGAUAGAGCAACACAUCCAUCCCGGUUUUGAUGCUGCCAGCAACAUGGUACGAACUACCUUGCAGCCAAUGUGCUACGCGCCGGGGUUCCUCUUCGUCAUUCUCGCCACAGCUUCGCAGAUUCGACAGGCGUGUGAGCUGCGCAAGCCUGCAUGCAUGCAGGCACAGAGACUGAAGGUUUGGGACGUGGGGGCCAGCUACGGUGACUGCAUGCUUUGGGCAGCCACAGUUUUAUUGGAAGCCCUGCUCGUCACAGAGCGAUGGCAAUUAGAGCUGCGGGGCUUUGAGCCCCUCCCCUCCGCGGCAGCAGCUUUCCGCCGUUCCGUGAGAGGCUUGCAAACUGCCUUAGCUGCCAGGCGGCCCGAGGCUCCUGAGGCUUUGCACUUCACAGUGGAGGAGAUUGCCAUGAGGGAUCAUGCUGGGCAGAUAGAGAUUUCCUUUCCAAGUCAUUCCAUGGCCUUGGCUACCUUUCACCGUUGUGAAGAGCGCUAUAGCAUCGCCUCCAACAACCUCUACCACUGCGUGUCGCGGCCCACUCGGGCGGAGACCUUGGACAGCUACUUGGCCAGCUCCCCGGAGCCUGGCCUAGCAGGUCCCAUAGACGUCCUGAAGCUGCACGUUCAAGGCGAUGAGCUUUCUUUCCUCCGGGGUGCUCAUGGUUCGUUCUUCAGUGGCAAGGUUUGCCUGCUGCAAAUGAAUCUUGAGACUAUGGUUCUACAUGUAGACAUGGAAGACCCAGCUCUUUGGCUGGCCGAGGAACUCACUCGCGCUUUCAGGGGAGCUGGCUUUGUGGGAGUCUUGGUAAACUUGUGGGAAGUCAAGCCCGUCAGUCUAGCUGGCAUUGCCGCUGGCAUCAAGUUCAAGCAUCCGGACUCUGUGGCGUGGAAGCCACCUGAUCCAAACAAAAAACCUGAGCAGCUUCACCACGAACUGGUUGUGUGGCGCUCCUCCGAGUACUGCCAAGAGAGCUUGGCAGUUCAGGCGGUGAGUAGGAUGUGGGGGUUGCACGGGGCUCCUUUAUGA